AUGACGUUCACAGGUCAUACCCACCCCAAAUACCGGAUCGUUCUUUUCGGACCACAAAAAGCAGAGUGGACGCCCGGACGACUUUCAGACUUGACAUCGGCUUUGUCGAAAGAUAUCCGUCUGUCUACCCUUCGAGAGUCUCUCAGAACGCUGCCUUCGUUAUGGCCUCUAUUACAGGGUAUCUACGGCUCCGGUCAUGAAUUGGCAGCGGCGAGCAAGUUGCAAAACUUGAGCGACCUCGCCGCUGGUUCUGUGACUCUAGACCCUACAGAAUUCUCGAACACCGAACUUGCACCCCUUACCGUGGUAUCCCAGAUAGCUCACUGGAUACAAGUCCAGGGUGAUGCGUUCGACCAAUGUGAAGCUGCCCAGGGCUUUUGCAUUGGCUUUUUAUCUGCUGCGGCUAUCUCCUCGUCCAACAACAAGGACACCUUUGAUCGUUAUGUUUCCAAUGCCGUGCGACUUGCUGCAUGCCUUGGCGUCAUUGUCGACAUAGAGAACAUGUCACACGCGACUCCUGGGGAUUCUGCUAUCACUUUGUCUGUCCGAUGUAAAACUCAGGCAGACAGAGCAUAUUUGGAUCUGUGUUUGGGAAAUAUACCCAAGGCAUACGUGUCGUGCAUCACAGACAAAAACGAGUUCACUGUUACUCUGCCACAAAGUAGGCAAGAAACACUGUCUUCGAGAUUGAAUGAGGCUGGCAUCGCAGCCGUUACAGUUGGAAUCUGCGGAUCGUACCAUCAUGAAAAACAUCGACAAGCGGCUAAGCAGUUGAGCGAGCUGUGUGCAAGCCAUGCAGACCUGCAAUUGCCUGAUGCAAAACACCUUCGCUUACCCCUCAGAUCAACUGCUAGCACCGAGUGCAUUCUCGCUGGGGCUCUUCACGAUGUUGCCAUUCAGCUUAUUCUUUGCGAACAUGUUCAGUGGUUCCAAACCAUCAAGAACACAGUUGGCGAUCAUGGCUUGGACCAGGUCCAGCUGAUGAGCUUCGGCAAUACACCAUGCAUCCCUCGUUCGUUGUCCCAUAAAAGUCUAGAGAGGCAGCCUUAUCAUACUUGUGAAGAAGAUGGCGAGGCAGAAGAAAUUGCGAUCAUCGGAAUGGCGUGUCGCUUUCCUCAAUCCGACGAUCUGGACGAGUUUUGGCAGCUACUCCGUGAUGGGAAGACUGCGAUUGGUUCAAUGCCAUUAGACCGCUUCGAUCCAGCAAGGCUGACACGCGAACCGAAAUUGGCUACAUUUUGGGGCAACUUCCUGGACAACCCUGAUGCUUUCGACCACAACUUCUUUGGCAUUUCCGGUCGCGAGGCCAAAUCAAUGGACCCGCAACAACGCCUCGCACUGCAGGUCGCAUACCAGGCGAUGGAGUCAGCCGGGUACUGCGGCAAGCAAAUGCCUACAGAUGUAGGUUGUUAUCUAGGUGUCGGCAGCGUUGACUAUGAUGCCAACGUUGCGUCGAGAGAUGCCAAUUCCUUUGCAGCUACUGGCACACUUCGCGCAUUCAUAAGCGGUCGUAUCAGUCAUUUCUUUGGUUGGGAAGGCCCCUCUCUAACCAUUGACACGGCCUGUUCAUCGUCCGCUGUCGCUAUUCAUACUGCACGCAAAGCUCUCCUCAGCGGCGAGUGCUCUGUGGCUAUUGCUGGGGGUGUAAAUGUCAUUACCAGUCCUACAAUGCAUCAGAAUCUCGCCGCUGCCUCGUUUCUCAACACAAAAGGGCAUUCAAGAGCCUUCGACGACGACGCCUCCGGCUAUUGUAGGGGUGAAGGUUCUGGGAUUGUCGUAUUAAAGCCGCUCUCCAAAGCAUUAGCAGACAAUGAUCGGGUGCUUGCGGUUCUCUCCUCUUCAGCUGUUAAUCAAAAUUCCAACUGCACAUCAAUCACAGUCCCGGACAGCAAGUCGCAAAGAUCUUUGUAUCAGCGUGUACUUGAGGAAGCCAAGAUUCAACCAGAAGAGGUAACGUAUGUGGAGGCACAUGGUACGGGUACCCAAGUCGGUGAUCCAAUCGAAUUUGAGAGUAUUCGAACUAUAUUCAUGCAACAACCUCGUAGCGAGGGGGUCUUUGUGGGAUCCGUCAAAGACAACAUUGGCCAUGCUGAAGCUGCUUCUGGAUCGGCGGGUGUCAUCAAAGUUCUUCUCAUGAUGCAACACAAAAUGAUCCCAAAGCAGGCUAACUUCAAAUCGAUCAAUCGGAGAAUCCGGCUCUGCGAGGGCAUUUCAGUGCCUACGACCACAAUGUCCUGGACGGCACCGAGACGAAUUGCGCUAGUUAAUAAUUACGGAGCAGCCGGUAGCAAUGCGGCUCUUCUCAUUCGUGAGUAUCAGCCAGUGCGCACUGACUAUACAGAGUCACGCUCUACGACCUAUCCCGUCCUAUUCUCAGCAAAGUCAGAUAUUUCCCUCAACGCCUUCAAAGAGAAGCUGAAACAGUACUUGGCUGGACAAGACGUCCCAUUAGGCUCUCUAGCCUUCAAUCUUUCAAUGGCAAACAACUCCUCGUUGGAGCGAAGAAUGGGUUUCUGCGGGAAUGAUCGUAGAAGUGCGCUGUUGGCCAUUGAUGAGGCGCAUUCAAAAAACAUCGCAAAAUCACCCGUGGUUCUUUGCUUUGGCGGACAAAACGGAAACUCUGUAUCUGUCUCUAGACAGCUUUACGACAACUGUGAUCUUUUUAAGACCCACCUAAUUGCCUGCGGUCAAAGCUGGAUCGACAGCGGCCUCGAAGUUGAUACUAUGAUUGGUCACAGUUUCGGUCAGUUAACUGCCUUGUGCCUUUCUGGAUCCAUAAGUCUUGAAGAUACUUUUCGACUCGUUGCUGGACGAGCCCGUCUUGUACGAGAUAAUUGGAGCUCUGAACGCGGAUCUAUGCUGGCUGUCGAAUGCGACCAUGAUGAUCUCAACAAUAUCAUCGAGAAGAUCAACUCACAAAGCAAAAACCGGGUGGAAGUUGCCUGCUAUAAUGGACCCCGCAGUUUCAUUCUCGCAGGCGACGCCGAGUCAAUCUCUCGUGCCAACAUGGAGUGCAAGGGUUUCAAAACCAUGACCCUACCAAACGACCAUGCUUACCAUUCUCAUCUUACCGAUAAUAUCCUACAAGACUUGUAUAAGUUGGCUGAGAUCAUCCAUAUUCGACACCCCCAGAUUCGGGUUGAAACAUGCACUUCUGGAAGUAGUUGGUCCGAAUUUGGCCCUGGGAACAUCGUUCAACACACGCGACAACCUGUCUACUUCAACGAAGCGAUCAACCGAAUUACUUCACGCCUGCCUUCAGCCGUUUGGCUUGAGGCCGGUUCGGCUACGCCUGUUAUUUCCAUGAUCCAGCGGAUUACCAACAAGCCCAGUCGAUGUGAUAUGUUCGUCUCCAUGCAGCUUGGAAAUACAGCUGAUUCAACAGCCAACUUAGCAAAUGCAACGUGUAAGCUGUGGAAUGCGGGCCAAGAUGUCCAACACUGGCUUUUCCAUCGCUCUUCCAGCUACCGCUAUCGAAACAUAAACCUGCCUCCUUACCAAUUUGAGAAGUCAUCGCAUUGGUUGCCUUUGGAACCGGCUCCUCUUGCGAAUGGCUUGGGGUUUAAAACGACUACAACUCUUGUCGAAUUAGUGAACACCACUGGAACAAAGUCCGGGGAGCAUGUCUUCGUUGUUAACACUCAAAGUACCAUGUUUCAGCUUGCUGCUCGAGGUCAUGCUGUUACCAGCCAGAGUCUUUGCCCUGCUUCCAUGUAUAUGGAGAUGGUUGCUCAGUCUGCCGAUAUCAUCUCAAAGCGAUCUGAUACCACCAGCCACUUUCCUCAUCUGCAGAAACUUUCACUAUCAGCCCCGCUUGGGUUAGGUGACAGCUUGGCUACUAUAAUCCAUUUGCACAAGACGAGAAAUGAGGACACGUGGGAUUUCACGAUCAGCAGCCAAGAAUCUGUUGAAUCUCGCAAGGGCCAAACUUUACACGCUAGCGGAACCUUCCACUGGCAGAAGGUCAAUGAUCCUGAUACUGAGAGGCGCAUUCAGCUUCUAAGCCGGCUUGGAAAACACCAGGUCAAAGAGUCUUCCUAUAUCAGUGGCGUUAGUGGCACCAUGGUAUACGAUUGCUUUAACGAAGUUGUUGAUUACGCAGACUACUACCGAGGAGUUCACAAUGUGUCAGCAUAUGGAUGCAAUGCUACCGGCCUAGUCAAGGUGCCACUUGAACAACCCGCAUCACUAAGUGCUGGUAUCUGUGACCCAAUUAUACUGGACAAUUUCCUCCAAGUUUCGGGGAUUCACUGCAACACGCUGUCCAACAGAGAUAAGUCCACAGUGCUCAUGUGCACAUCCAUUGAUGAAAUCAUCUUCUCACCAGCAUCUUUCUCUGCCAAGGGUAAUUCCAGGGAGUGGACUGUCUACACUCAUUUCGAGGAACACAACUCGAAUACUCGGACAAACGACCUCUUUGUGUAUGAUAAUAGGUCUGGAUGUAUGGUUGUAGCCAUAAUUGGUGCCAACUUUCACGCCGUCGCCAUGAAGUCACUCAUAAGAACUCUCACCAGACUUAACAAAACGACCGGGACGACCGCCAAAGCACUCACUGGGAAAAUAGUAACACCUACGUCUUCCAGUGACGUAGAUGAGGCAAACGAUUCUGGAUAUUCUUCAGAGCCUCUGGGUGAGGAGAGCAAGCCUGGAAGUUCCGAAGCAGACGUUGUCAGCUCUCUCACAUCAAAACUCGACCAGAUUUCUUCCAAAACUCACAAAUUUUCCGACACCUUGACCAAAGUACGAACGAUGUUUAGCCAGAUUAUCGAAAUCCCAGUCGAAAGCAUUACACCCACAACAACUUUGGAUGCUCUCGGCGUCGACUCACUUCUUGUGACCGAAGUACUGGCAGACCUCUCGUCACUCUUUGGAACGCCAAUAUCCCAGCAAGAAUUCUUUGAAUGUUCUGAUGUGCUUGCUGUCGCGAAUUUGGUUGGUAAUAUCAAUGGCACAAUCGAAAAAGUUGACCCGGCAGAGGAGGUUGCCACUGCAGAGGGAGUAAACCUUGCUUCGACCGCUCAAGCAUCCUUCAAUGAAUGCUCAGUUUCAUAUGAUGAGCAUUCAGAUGCAACCAGGUUUACCGGCUUCUAUGAGAACGUUUUCCCCGUCCAAUCCGAACUGGUUGUAGUCUACGUUCUCGAGGCCUUUGCCAAAUUAGGUUGCGAUCUACGUCAACUCGCCCCUAAUGAGAUUCUACCGACUUUCGAAUAUCAGUCGAGACAUACCAAACUUGUGAGCCAGUUGCACAAUAUAUUGGUUGAUGCAAAACUGGUAACCGGUACCGGUAAUGGCGAAUACUCACGCAGUGAAAAGCCUCUGCCAACUUCUUCGCCAACUGAGUUGACCGAGUCAAUAAUUCAGAACUUUCCUCAGCACACUUCCGAAAUGAAGCUUCUUCACACGACGGCUCACAAGCUGGCCGAUUGCCUGACUGGGGUAGAAAAUCCAAUCGCUCUAAUCUUCCAAAAUGCCGAGGCGCGCGCUCUGCUAGGAGAUGUUUAUACGAACGCACCGAUGUUCAAAACAGGAACGCUGCAGUUGACAGAAUAUCUGACCUCUGUUCUCGUCAAAAUGGAGGGCAAGAGGAAGCUGAGAAUCCUUGAGCUUGGCGCUGGAACUGGCGGCACCACCAAGACCGUUGUCGAAACUUUGGCCAAGCACGGGGCUAGUUUCACUUACACGUUUACCGACCUCUCCCCUUCGCUAGUGACGCAAGCUAGCCGUAAGUUCUCUCAAUGGCCUUUCAUGGAAUUUAUGGUUGUAGACAUCGAGAAGGAACCUCGGCCAGAAUUUCUUGGCACAUACGACAUCGUGUUAUCCACUAAUUGCAUUCAUGCUACCAAGGAUCUUGUAGCAUCUACAACCCACAUUCGUAAAAUGCUGAAACCGGACGGUUUGCUAUGCCUUGUAGAGCUGACAAGAAAUCUGUACUGGUUUGACCUCGUAUUUGGUCUCCUUGAAGGUUGGUGGCUGUUUACAGACGGUCGGCAACACGCUCUCGCUACAGAACAACGAUGGCAGCAGGACCUAAACACCGCUGGUUUUAGAUGGGUCGAUUGGAGUCGGAGCCCAGGAAAGGAGUCUGACCUAUUGCGAGUCAUCACAGCAUCCGCCAUGCAGCCUUCCCUAUUGGAUACCAGCAAAAAUUUGACACUUCGUCAAACGUUUCCAUUCAAAGAGGUUGAUGGUUUACAGCUUUUUGCUGAUCUUUACUACCCCAACAAACAAAUUGAUGCCAGGCGAAAACUCCCUGUAGAGGUCACUUUGACCGAAGGACCAAUGGCUGACGCUGCUGAUGCCCUCUAUUGGAUUAAAACCUCUCUUCCUGGUCUUCCACUGGCGCGGAAGGACAUUGUUAUUGAUACCACCAAUGUCGUGGUCGUAGGUUGGUCAACUGGUGGACACCUUGCAACAACGCUAAGCUGGUCUUCGAUGGCUCGUGGGAUUGAUCCGCCUAACGCAAUUUUGGCUUUCUACUGUCCUUUGGACUACGAGGAUGACUUUUGGACACUACCAAACAUCCCUCAAGGUGCUUCAGGAAGUCAAGUAGAUGCUUAUGAUCUCGACAGUCGCAUAUGGGAUGGGGGCGUAUUCGACAGGCCAAUCACCAAGUACAACAUUUCGCCUUCCAAGAGAGCUUUGGGCGGCUGGAUGGCGAAAAUGGACCCGCGUAGUCGUCUCGCUUUACACAUGAACUGCCAGGGACGCACGCUACAUGUCUUACUCAACGGAUUGGACAAACGGACGCAAAAAGAGCCAGACGCACCAUCAAAGAGUCAAAUUUUGUCCAUUAGCCCCCUUGCUCAAAUACGCGCAGGCAAUUACACGACGCCCACUUUCAUUAUUCACCCUCGAAACGACGAUUUGAUCCCUUGGAAACAGGCUGAGCGAACUUGGCAAGCAUUGAAAGACCGAAAUGUUGAUGCUGAGCUAAGAAUCGUGGAUGGAGUUCCACACUUGUUUGAUUUGAAAGGUUUGGCUAGCAUUGACAAGGACGCUAGAACAGCGGUUCUGGAUGGGUAUGACUUUCUGUGUCGGCAUGUAGGGCUAACUCUAUGUUCUCCAAUGGCAUCUUGA